AUGGAGAAUCUUCUUCGUCUGAUUUUCAUCCUGCUUUCGGAGUCAACAAUAUCAAAAAUUUCGAUCCUUUUAACUCUUGAUCCCGAGAAGGUUCAAUACUCAAAUUGGGUUGAAUUAUUUAAAUGUCAUGCUCAUGCAUUCAACGUUCUUGAUCAUAUCGACUCUAAAACUAAAAAGCCUGCUGAUGUGUUUGAUGCUAUGUGGAAAAAGCUUGAUUCGGUUGUCAAAAACUGGAUCUAUGACACAAUUUCUAUCGAAUUACUUGAAACAGUAUUGUGCAAAGGGGAUACGACGCAGCAACUUUGGAAUAAACUCAAGGAGAUUUUUCAAGAUAACAAAACCACGAGGGCCGUUUAUCUUGAAAACCAGUUUAAUCAAGUGCAUCUCUCUAUAUUUUCUGACAUUGCAUCAUAUUGUCGGGAAUUGAAGAAUUUGAAGGAUCAACUUGCUAACGUUGAUCAACCCGUGUCGGAACAAAAACUUGUAAUUCGCUUGGUUUCGGGUCUUAUGAAUACGGAUUUCGACACCGUUGCUGCAACGAUACAACAAACGGAGCCCCUACCUUCGUUUAAAACUGCGCGUUCUAGAUUGUUACUAGAGGAAUCGAGGCGCGCCAAUGAUGUCUCCGCCUCGGCUUCAUCUUUUGUUGCUCAAUCCGGCUCGUCGGGUCAACCCACCGCUGCCACGCCGCAGCAGCAGUAG